GACCGCCAUCUCCUGCUCAGCUACUUGUCGUGCUCGCCUACCUUGCAGUCGCCAUACCACUGAACUUGACCAAGCGAAAUGUCUGACUCGGUGAUCCAUUCUAUCGCUGGUUCCGCUGGAGGGAUUGUGGCCAUGACGGCGACAUAUCCCCUCAUAUUCUUGUCGACUCGCGCUGCGAUGGAGACGAAACGCGAGAAUAAGACGAUAUACCAGGCCGUUCUCGAUGUCAUCAAGAAGGAGGGAGCACUGGGGAUGUACACCGGUUUGAGCUCAAGUCUCGUCGGGAUUGCUGUCACGAAUGGCGUUUACUACUUCUUCUAUGAGUAUAGUAAGGGCGCUAUCCUCCGAGCGCGUAAGGGUACGAAAGCGCUAUCGACGCUAGAGUCCAUCCUCGCGGGUUUGAUUGCAGGCUCGGCAACAACUAUAAUCAGCAAUCCAAUCUGGGUUGUACAAACAUCCCAAGCCGUCAGCGGCAUGAACCACUCGCCAACUCCCUCCGAUCCUUCCUCUUCGUCCUCAGCGCCAGUCAAACAACAGCGAAAACUUGGAACGAUCGAAACCUUCCUCCAUAUUCUCAAUACCGACGGACCAGCCGCGUUUUUCCGAGGCCUAGGUCCAGCACUUGCGCUAGUGGCCAACCCUGUUAUUCAGUAUACCGUAUUCGAGCAAUUGAAGAAUGCCGUUGUAAGACGGAGGAAGGCGAGUGGAGCAGGAGGGAAAGGAAAUGUGUUGACGGACUGGGAUUUCUUUUUCUUGGGGGCGCUAUCGAAACUUGUCGCAACUGGGACGACCUAUCCAUACAUUGUCAUCAAAUCUCGACUGCAGGCUAACCACGAACACGCAAAGCAAUACCGCUCUGCAUGGCACGGUAUCCGCACCGUUCUCCGUGAAGAAGGCGUCGAGGGUUUAUACAAGGGAGCGCCGAGUAAGCUGCUUCAGAGUGUGUUGACGGCGGCAAUCUUGUUUGCGGGUCAGAGAAGGAUAUACGAGAUCACCAAGAAGGCGAUCUCGACGGUGGGAACGAAGUGACGGCUCUUCUUGAAACGCGUCGUCGACACCACGUAUAUUUAUUCCUGUUAUCAAUUCUUAUAUUUGCGCUUCCUCCGUUCAUUAUAGCGAUAUGGUGCCAGUGAUGCGCUUAGCACCAUCAG